AUGAUGGCCAAAAAUAUGCAACUUCACAGUGACGAACAUCGUUCGGGUUAUAUUCUUCGCCUUCAACAUUUUACUCUCGAUGCAAUAUUAUCGAUAUGGCAAAGACUUUUAGGUCGUCGAUACUCGAUUCCAUUGCCUUUCAUCUAUUUACGCGGCGAUGAAUCAUCCCAUUUUCAUGAACGUGGAACCAAGUACGAACGGUGGCAUGAUUAUCCAGCUUAUGGCGCCGACAUUCGGCAUGGAUGUCUACCAAAUUAUUUCGGUCAUAUCUUAUUCGGUAAAUUGAAAAGUUUGCCCAAUCCAACUCAUCCUCAAUAUCGAGGUGAUCGCAUCUACAUAAAGCCCGAAGAAUAUGGAUUACAACGAUUUCCACAUUAUAUUGCACGUAAGAUGGUAUUUGAAAAGAUCGUUGUAAAUCUAUUGGAUAAAUAUUUAAGUAAUUAUAUUGAAAAUUUGGAUUAUAAAAAGCUUAAAGUGGAUAUAUGGAGUGGCAAUGUUAUGCUAGAAAACCUUUAUCUAAAACCAAAUGCUCUUGCUGAUCUUCAUCUUCCAGUAACUGUAACCAUUGGAUACCUUAAAAAACUGACACUUCAAGUUCCAUGGAAAAAUUUAUAUACACAUCCAACAAAACUCACUAUCGAUGGACUCUAUGUACAUGUUAUACCCAAAAUUGAAAUUGAAUAUAAUGCUAAGCAAGAUGAAAAAGAACAACAUGAAGCUAAAAUGAAAGAAGUUGAUAAAAUUGAAAAUAUUUAUAAAGACAAAGAAGUUCCUCAGGAUAUAAAAAAGAUUGAAAAAGAUAAUGAUACAUUUAGCGCAAGAGUGAAAUUACAAAUUAUUCAAAAUCUUGAAUUAUUAAUUCGUAAUAUUCAUAUUGUUUAUGAAGAUAAAACAACUAAACCAAAUCAUCCAUUUGCAUUUGGUAUCACACUUAAUUACAUUACAUUUCAAACAACUAACAAAGAAUGGAUACCAACAAUAAUCAAAGAGAAUAGUCCAGUUAUUUACAAACUUGGCGAGUUGAAUGCUUUAUCAAUUUAUUGGAAUACAAAUAUUAAAUCAAAUUCAAAUUUACCAAGAAAUGAAAUCAUUGUAGUCUUUCAACCAUUCAAUGUUAAAACCAAAUUAAUCAUAACAAUGAAACCUCGUCAACAAAAAUUCGAAAGGCCUAUGUUUUAUAUAACCAUCGAUGUAGGACAUAUUAGUAUAAAUUUAAAUCGUGCUCAGUAUUUGGAUAUACUUGAUUUACUUGAAUUUCAAGAUCAUAUGACUGCGAAAUUGAAGUAUAUUAAAUAUCGACCUAAGAAAUUCGAUAAAACAAUACAAAAAUGGAUAUUUGCAUAUAAUGCCAUUGUGGAAGAGAAAAUUAAACCUCGUUUAGCAUGUUAUAAAUGGGAAAACAUAAAAAAACAUGUAGAAAAUUGUCGAGAAUAUCGUUAUAUUUAUGUGCAAGGACUUACAGGAAAAAUAACUAAUGAACAAAAACAAUACGCUGAAGAGUUAGAGAAAAAACUCGAUGUAUUCAAUUUAACAUACAUUCGUCAACGUGCUCAACUUGAAGCAAGAAAGAAAAAACAACAAGAGCCAAAGACAUUAUUGAAGAAUUUUUCCAACUGGUGGAGAAAAAAGUCAAGUCAAACUGAUCCAGAACUUGACCUUGAAACAAUGUUGUCAGCUGAAGAAAAGAAAAAAUUAUACGAAACUAUCGGCUAUGAAGGUGAAGAUACAUCAACGUUGACUUAUCCCAAAGAUUAUGUCGAUAUUGAUCUUUCAAUUCGAUUGAUUAUGCUCGAUUUAAAUAUUUGGUCAAAAGUCAAUGAAAAUGAUCAAGAAUUCAGAGUUAUUAGUCGUGCUGCUGUACCUGAUACAGAAAUAAUAUUUAAACGACGCCCGGCAACUUCUUCUGCUUUAUUUCUUGCUAGUUUAAGGUCAUUUCAAGUGUUCGGUAUUGCUACCGAUUUGAAACAAUCAGAAUCAUCAAAUUAUAGUCGCCCUGUUCUUGUUUAUCCAAUUAUUCAAUCAAAGUCAUCAAAUAAUCAAUCAGCGCAACCAAAAUUAUUAGAAAUUGAAUUUGAAACCAAUCCAUUAGAUAGAGACUCCGGCUAUCGUGUGAAAGUCGUAUCACAACCACUUGAAAUUAUAUACAAUACCCCAACUAUCAAUAAACUUAUCGAAUGUUUUGAACAGGAUACUCGAUACAAUCUGCAAGGGGUUAAACAAGCAGCUUAUACAACAUACACAGAUGUUAAACAUCAAUCUGUAUUAUUUAUGAAAUAUAAUAUAGAAACAACAAAAGUACUCGAUAUUCACAUUGAUAUACAAUCGCCUUAUUUUCUUUUGCCUGAAAAUGGUGUCUACUAUUAUGGUUGUCCAGCUCUUUGUUUGGAUAUGGGUCAUUUAGUUUUGCAACAAAGCAGUAUUACCAAUAAAAAUGACGAAGAAGCAAUGGACAAUUACAUUCAAUUUCAAUUGGAAUUAAAAAAUUUUCAAUUACUCUAUGCUAAUAAAUAUGAAAAUUGGCAAAAUGCACGUCAACAAGAAGCUACUCAUUUACAUUUAAUUAAACCAAUAACACUCAAUAUAAAUCUUUUUAAAUGUCUUUAUUCGAACAAUGUCAAUUUUCCUGCUUGGAAGAUUUCUGGACAAAUUCCAACUGUAAAUGUGCGAAUUUCGGAUAUGCGUUUAUUUAAAAUUAUAAAACAUAUUCAAUCACUUUCAUUUCCACAAUCGAAUCGUCAAACGAUAACAAACACACAAAAUAAAACUGAGCUAUGGACGAUGACGCCUCUGGUUGAUAUUACUCAACAAACAUUAGAAACGAUUGAAAAUAUCACAUCUAUGAAAAAGGCUCUGGAAACAUUAGCUGAUGAAAAUCAAGAAAUUCAAAACAAAAUCGAAGAACAAUUUACACAAAUCGAAGCUAAUUUUAAAAUUUCACAAAUCGAUCUUCUUCUGGAAGAAGAAAAGGAAGAUGAAGACUAUCCAUUUCUUCGUAUUUCAUUUGUAUCAAUCUGUGCACAAACAUUGGUAAAAACAUUUGAUAUAGAAUUCCAGGCAUCAUUAGAUGAUUUCACUAUUUAUCAUGAACAAUUCAUAACAAAAGAUAAUCAUCAGCUUCGUUUUCUUGCUGCUCAACAUGAAGAAAAUCAAAUUAUUGAUAAAACAAAUUCAAAGAAACUAGUUAGUAUACAUAUUUUACAUACAUCAUCAGAUAAUCCAUUAUUUACGUCAUCGAAAUAUGAUGAACUUGAAAAUAAAGUUCGAAUACAUUUGAGUAAACUUAUUGUCACAUUACAAUUAGAAGCAUUAUUAUCCAUCAUGAAAUUUCAAGAUAAUAUCAUGCAAAAAUGGCCAACAGAUAUUUUUGAACAACAAAUUAAGAAAACACAAUUAUCUCGAAAAGUAUUUGAAGAUAAUAGAACAAUGUCGACUAUUGAAAAAUUUGUUAAAACAAAUCGUUCAUCGUCCGCAAGUACACUUACAAUCGAAGCCAAUCUAGAAGAAUUUCAUAUAGUUAUUGCAACUGUCGAUACUCAAAUGUUCGAUGUUUAUGUUCAUGGUGUCCAAGCUAAUGUGCAUAAUAGCUCUAGUGAAACAUUGGUUAACUUAAUUCUUACCGAUUUUUAUAUGUUCGAUCCUCAUAUGGAUGCACGAUUUCGAAAGGAAUUUAUUGACACACUGAAUAUCUCAAAUGCAGCACUUGACCUUACUCAAUAUCAAGCUAAUGCUAUUUAUGAACAAGUACAAAAUUUACAAAAUCAAGCAUUUAAACUACGUCUAAAUGCUACGUUUAAUGCACCAAAUAUAAUUGUUCCAAUAAAUGCCUCUUCUGACGAAGCAUUAUUUCUUGAUUUAGGAAAAUUAAUACUAGAAACAAAAUUUAUUGAUGAUCCAAACACAUUACUUGUUGAGCAACAGCAAGUUAACAUUGAAAAUGUUCGUGCUAGUCGAGUUAAACUGAAUAAAAAUAAUGAAAUACAAAGUGAAAUAAUUCUACUCGAAUGUGCAAAAUUAAAAAUAGAUGUGAAUAGACUAUUAUAUCCUGAAAAAAUAAAAACUACACCCUAUAUUUCGCUUACAAUGCAAUGGGAUUUAAUUCAUGUAAGUUAUUUAAUAAUUAUAAUUGAAAACAUUUGCUUCUUUCAGUUUCAAUUAGCUAAAGAUGAUUAUUUAUGUGUAAUGAAAAUUUUGAUGGAAAAUUUUCAAGAGCAAACAAUAACGAAUGUUAUUCGUGAACAAUAUCAUUAUGGACAAGAACAACAAAAACAAGAAGAAGAUGCUUUACGAAAUGCUGCUGUUAAAAAACAAAAAGAAUGGCAGAUUGGUAAGAUAUUUGAAAGCAUUAAAGUUCAUGCCGAAAUCCAAAAACUUGCACUUACACUUUAUCUUGGUGAAUCAAAUUUGGUUAGUCGUCAUGUAAAACAUGAAGAAAAUUUGAAAUUAGCUAAUGUACAAAUCGAUGUAUUCGAAGUUAUCUUUCGACAACAUUCAGAUUCAAGUUAUAAAGUCAUAGCACGUGUAAAAAACUUUCUAUUCGAUGAUCUACGAGAAACUCAUAAAGCAGAUGCUGUUAUACAUAUGAUAGAUCGACAUUUUACUGUUGAUCCAAAUUUGUACAUGCUUAUAGCUAGUUUAGAGUUUAAACCAAAAGAUCAAACACGUUUAAAAGCUCAACAAAGAAUGAAUGUUCAAUUGGAAAGUCUUUAUAUUUGUAUUAAAUUAGAUUAUUUGAUGAUAUUAACAGAUUUUUUCAUGUCAAACUUGCCGAUAAAUGAUACAAAUAAAUCGAAAAAUCAAGCAAUAGCAAUGACGAAAUCUAAUGAUAUUCUUCAAACGAAGAAAAUAUCUACACAAUAUGAAUCGAAUCAUAGUCAUACUACAAUGGCGACUUCUACAUUAUCCUCGAUUGAAGCUACUAAUACUGAUGUUGAAACUAGAGUUGAUAUUCUUCUUAAAAAUCCUGAAAUUAUCCUACUCGAAGAUCAACAUAAUUCUAAUUCAAAUUGUCUUGUACUCAAUUUUGCUCUUACUAUGCGUGCGGUUAACAUUGGAGAUGAUAUGAAAAUAUUUAGUACAUUAAAUGAUUUAACUAUCUAUAGUUCGAAUUUUGCUGAAUUGAAAUCUUCAAAAGUUAAAUAUCGAAUUUUACAACCAGCCAAAGUCGAUGUAACAAUAAUGAUCGAUGCAGAACAACAAAAAGUUGAUGUUCGUUUUUCACAUAUUAUUAUUAAUAUUACACCAGCUGCUGUUCGCAUACUUAUUAGUGUUACUAGUUCAUUAAGUAAACAUCAACCAACAAAAAAACAAGAAAAAUUCGAUGUUCAAACAAUGUUUAAUCCAAAAUCAAUUACCGAAUCUAAUUUUUGGUAUUUGACAGAAGACAGAAAUUAUGUUCUAUCACAGAAAGAUUCUCUUGUUGAAAAUAAGAAGAAGAAAGGAAAAAAUUGUCUUUUUCAACAGCUUAUUUUAACAUUAACAACUAUGGAAAUAAAACUUAAUGUUGGUUUUGGUUCGAUAACGAAAUCAGUUGGUGCUAUGUGUCUAUCAGAUUGGACAGUUGAUCUUAAAAAUUGGUCCGAUCAGAUGACUGCUUCAUUGACAAUGAAUAUUGAAGCAGCUUUAUACAACAAACAUACUCUUGCAUGGGAACCUCUUAUUGAACCGACACUUGAUAAAAAUAAAGCACGUCUUAUACCAUGGCAUAUCACAUGUUCAAUUACACCUAUAUUUCCGAUUUCUGAUCGUGUUGAAUCAUCAUCAUCAGCAUCGACAAAUAUAAAACAACAACAAAACAAAGUUUCUGGUCUCAAUGCUAAACAAUUAAUUUCAAUUAGAGCUCACCAAUUAUUAAAUAUAACUAUAACAAAAACAGGUCUUGAACUUAUUGAACAUUUAUCAUCUUUAUUUAAUGAUAUUUAUAAUCAACGUUUACCAAAAAAUAUCGAUGAUAAUGAACCAAUGUUAUCAUUAGUAAAUUUAACAGGACAAAAUUUGUUUAUUGAUAAUCUAAACGGUCUUCAAUUUGCUGAUAACAUUACAUGGACUUCAAAAGUUAUCCAACAAAAUGAAUCGAUUCCAUUAAAUGCAUUCUAUGAACGAUUGUCAGAAACUUAUCGUCUUUCUGUUAUUGAAGAACAAACUUCUCAAAAUCGACAAGAAUUUUCUGUUCAAAAUGAUAACAAUAUUAAAUUAAUAAAUAUUAAUCGAACAUGGCAACGUAUAUAUGAUUUACAACUAUCAGCUGCUUCAUUGUUUCCUAUUCAAUUACUUUGUGAUACUCAAAUACAUAAUAAUUGUCGACGUAUUAUUCUUAGUUCUGUUGUUAAAGUAUACAAUAAUACAACAGUACCAAUAGUUAUCCUAGAUGUUGAUUCAAAUACAAGAAACUUCUAUCAUCGAAUUGAAAUUAAUGAAUAUUAUUAUGUUCCUAUUGAUCUUCUGUAUAAAAAAUUGAAUUUACCGAUUAUUAUUGGUGUUGAUGAUAAAUUACAACUAAUUACAUCUGGUGGAAAAAAUUCUAUACUUACAUUUAUUAUUCCAUUUUACAAUGAAAUUGAAUGGAUCUCAGAUCCUGUUGAUUUAGGAAAAAGAAAAAGAACUGAUUCUAGUGAACAAAUUAUUACUUUUUAUAAUGCUUCAGGUCCAAAUAAACAACAAAUUUUACGAAUGGUUCUACAUGUGGAUUUAUUUCAUGAAUCAUAUCAUUUAUCAUUAUAUGCACCAUUCUGGAUUGUUAAUCAUACUGAUCUUAAUCUUGAAUUUCGAAUCGGUAGUGAUAGAGUAUUGAUUAAAGAUACUGAAAACUCACUUCUUGUCUGUCCGGAAAAAUAUAAAAGUGAUACAAGUGAAAAAAUUUGUGUUGAUAUAACAACAAGUUCCUUUGGUUUAACAAAAAUUGUUGCAUUAUCACCAGCUAUGGUUAUUAUUAAUCAAUCUUCAAUUCCUAUUGAAAUCGUUGAAACUUUAAUGGGUAAAGAACAAGGUCAAUGGACUUUCGUGGAAUGUGAUGGAAUUAUUCCUUUUUGGCCACAAAAUCCUAAAGAAGGUUUAAUACGUGUUCGUUAUGCACAUAAUCAAAAGAAAUCGAAAGCAUUUUCAAUGAAUAAAAAACAUCAUACAUUACUCUAUAUGAAUGAUGACGAACGUUUAGUUAUUUUUGUAGAAGUUAUUGCUACUGAUUUUGAUGGUGUUCGAGUAAUUUUUAGUGAUUAUAAACAAGGUGAUGCACCCGUAUUACUUAUAAAUCAUACACAUGAUCAAUUAAUUUCGUUUGUUCAAAAAGAUGAUGUAAGAGCUCAAUAUUUAGUACCAAAAUAUUUUGUCUAUUAUACAUGGAUGAAUCCUUUAAAACCACGUGAGAUGAUUGUCACUUGCAAUGACAAAUCGAAAACAAUUGAACUUAAUCCUCAUCGAGGUGAUCUUGCUAUAACUGAAAACCAUGGUACUGUCAAUUAUAUUGUAUUUAUUGAUGGUGUACAAACUGUAUUACUUUUCUCGUACGAUGAACAAAUUAUUGCAGCUGCAUUAAAUAUACCAUCUCCAACUCAAUCCAUCUGUCGACGUCUUCAACUUGGUAUUUCUGAUGUUGGUCUAUCAAUUGUAAAUGAUGUACAGCGAGAAGAACUUCUUUAUAUUAGUUUAAAAAAGUCAAAACUUCUUUGGGUUCAAAUAAGAAAAUCUCGAGUGAAACCAUUUUCACAUGAUAUCCACACACAUUUAGAAGAGUUAUAUAAAAUACAUCUACAACUAAUAGAAACAAAUCCAAAUGAUGAAACUUUUCGUCGAACGAAAUAUCAAAUACCUGAAUAUCAUGAAGUUACGUUUUAUGAUAAUGCUGCUGAAUUAAUCAAUAAAAAAGGUGAACAUAAAUUAGCUAAACGACAACCACUUCAUGGAUUAUGGAUUGAAUAUACAUGGUCGAUGACUAAUGCAGCAUUGUAUGCUUGUAUUAAUCAUAUUCAAAUUGAUAAUCAACUAGACUCUACCAAUUUUCCAAGUCUUCUCUAUCCAAUAUUAUCUAAAACAGCAGACUCUGAUAUUACUGAAAAACCAUUUAUUGAAUUGAGUAUUUAUGAAUCGAAAACAUCACAAUCAAAUAUAAUGCAUUUUCAAUAUUGCAAAUUACUUAUUCAAGAAUUUGUACUUCGAAUUGAUCAAGGUUUAAUUUUAGCUAUUCUUACUUUCCUUAGAAAAGAAAAGAAUACAAUGACACCAAUGAUCAAUAUGGAUACUGAUUUAGAACAUAUUCAGAAGUCUCUUCAAGCUAUUAUUAAAGUACAAACUGAUACUCCAAUGGGUGAAACACGAAUGUACUUUGAUAACAUUCACUUAUCACCACUUAAAGUACCUAUUUAA